CCGGGCCCGCCCCAAGCCCCGCCCCGGCCGGGCCGGAGGAAGGAGGCGGUGGCUGGGGGCGGGCGCGUCCGACGUGGCUGACGCUGACCCCGAGCCCCCCGCAGCGGGGUGAAAUGCCGGUCAAGAUCUUGGUGUGCAAUAUCUCUCACGAUGAAGAGCCGGAUACCUCUUGUUCUCCUUGCCUGCGGCUCAUUUAACCCCAUCACAAACAUGCACAUGCGUUUAUUUGAGCUGGCUAGAGAUCACCUUCAUCAAACAGGAAGAUACCGGGUGAUUGAAGGUAUCAUUUCUCCGGUCAACGAUAGCUAUGGAAAGAAAGGCUUGGUUUCAGCAAGGCACCGGAUAGCUAUGGCUCAGCUUGCGCUGGAGACAUCAGACUGGAUUAGAGUGGAUCCAUGGGAGAGUGAACAGGAGAAGUGGACGGAAACUGUAAAGGUGCUAAGGCACCAUUAUAAUGAGUCGCUCAGAUCGCUCCAGUUCAGGAAAGAACUCGUGAGAAACAAUUGGCACAUAGAAAGAGCUACUGAGGAUUUCCUUUCUUCCUUGGACCCAGGUAGCUCAAGUGGCAGAGGUCUGUGUGGUGGAUCUAAAGGUUCCAACAUUGUUGAUGACCCAGUUUCCCCGGAGUUAAAGCUGCUUUGCGGAGCUGACAUUCUGAAGACAUUUAGUACACCUAAUCUCUGGAAGGAGGAACAUAUUAAAGAAAUAGUAGAAAAGUUUGGUUUGGUGUGUAUUAGCCGUGCUGGCUCUGACCCUGUUCAGUACAUCAGUGAAUCAGAACUUCUGACUCAAUUCCAGCACAAUAUCCACCUGGUCACAGAACAGAUUCAGAAUGAAAUCAGUGCCACGCAUAUACGGCAUGCUUUAUGCAAAGGACUAAGUGUGAAGUAUCUCAUUCCAGAUUCUGUCAUUUCCUAUAUUAAGCACUAUAAUAUCUACACAGAAGAGAGUGAGGGAAAAAUAAAGGGGAUUUAACUUCAGCCUAUGAAAGUACGCAACACAACGAUAAACACACUAAAUUGAUUGAUGUCGGUAUUCCAUCAAACGGGGAGAACACAAUGGCAUUUAUUUUUGGAAAAUCCCUGCAAAAAGCACAAUCUUUGUGUAUGGAGGCAAGUGAAAUAGGUUGUAGGGAGCUGCAACUAGCUAUAUUUCUGAAAGUUUGUAGAAUAAUUCAGAAAAGUUUUUAUAUUACUACUGAAUUCAUGCUUUCCUAAGCUGUGAUGUGCAAAGGGCUAUCGGUUUUAAGAUCUCCACUAAGAGUUAAUUUACAUUACAUUUCUUCUGUUAUUAAUACAAAUAUUAAAAUCUUUAGUUAUUGUUGAGGGAUUCUUGUCGUGACUUAAAUGAUCUCAAUGGCGGUAGUUAGUGCUUUCCUAUAUUAUAAUCCUCUAAUACCAGGAACUGUUUCAGUUUGAACGUGUCUUGGCCAUUUGCAGGCAGUGAGAAUAAAAUUGUCAUAUUUCUUUCUCAGGAAUAUUUUCAAUAAACUGGUAAAAUGUACAUAGUUGUUGCCACAUUUCUACUUUAUAGGAUCCUGAAAGAAAAAUGAUUUCACUGUAUCACACAAUACCGUUCAAUUUUGUGUAUGUGUAUAUGUUGGCAGAUCAGAAAUCAAGCCCUGAUUCAGGAAGGCACUUACGCGUGUGCUUAAAUCCCAUUAAUUUCAAUCCAGCUCAUAAUGAGACAUUUAAAGGGGGUUCUUUGCUUUCCUCCUGAGUCCAGUAUAUGCUAGCCCAGUCCCCUGGAAUAAUUUAGAGCAGCUGGCUGUCAAAAGCCUGAAGCUAUUGAUAUAGCAGCCCAGCUAUAAGGGAGCCCCAGCCAUGCCCCCUAUGUCAACAUCAAGAAGAGGGAGCAGCACUGGAGAUUUUACACUCUCUUUCCUUGCAUUCAGGUGAGAAUAUCUAAACAACUCACUUGAUUCUACUGUUCUUGUUCCCUUUCCUUCUGCAAGAAUAACCCCUAGAGAUGUCUCAGCACUUCUGAAACCUAGUAAUGCCAGCCAAAGUUUUGAAAGAUUUUGUUAAUAAUUUAUGGGAAGUGGUGACAUUUAUCUACCGCUUUCCCUGAAGUAAUCUCUGAGUUUUCCCAACUCAGCAAUCUGUAGAUGUCCUGUAUAAAAUCAUACAAAUUCAAUACAAUGAUUGUUCACACUGUA